UAAUCCACUACCCCACCACCUCCACCACCCCACCAUCUCCACAAAAAAAUUGCAGCUCUGCUACACCAAGAAAAAAGAUAUUAAGAAAAGGAAAAAAAAAAAGAACUUGGCAAACUGUUAUCUAUGCUCCAUCCCUCUUAGAGUGAUUCAGAGCUUAAUUCUAGAGCUGACCAAUACUAUGUUUCCUCCAUUCUACAUUUGUUCUUCUUGACCAUCGAUAUCAAGUGGCUAUGGCACUCUUGUAUACUGCUCCCCUUCCUUCUCCAAGCCUCGACCAAAAGACUCGCUUCCCAGCUUUCACCCCCAGUUUCCUUUCUCUAGUCUUCUUACCGUCUGCUCUCCAUGGCAAUAUCAAGCAGAGGAGGAGGAGGAGGAGAAGGGUGGUGGGUUUGGCCUCCGAUGGAGCUGGCGGGAGUGUUGAGACGGUACGGCCGAACACGCCAGCUUCUUCUCCGAAGCUCCGCAUCCUGAUUGCUGGCGGUGGGAUCGGGGGGCUGGUGUUUGCGCUGGCGGCGAAGAGGAAGGGAUUCGAUGUGCUGGUGUUGGAGAAGAACAUCAGCGCCAUUAGAGGGGAGGGGCAGUACAGGGGACCGAUUCAGAUUCAGAGCAACGCGUUGGCUGCGCUGGAAGCUAUUGAUCCGCAGGUCGCUGAGGAGGUGUUGGAGGCUGGAUGCAUCACUGGGGACCGGAUAAAUGGUCUUGUGGAUGGAAUAUCUGGAACUUGGUACAUCAAAUUUGAUACAUUUACUCCUGCAGUGGAACGUGGCCUUCCGGUUACAAGAGUUAUUAGCCGCAUGACCUUGCAAGAAAUAUUGGCCCGGGCAGUUGGUACUGAUGUUAUUUUGAAUGACAGUAAUGUUGUUGAUUUUACAGAUGAUGGAGAUAGGGUUACUGUUAUACUUGAGAAUGGACAGCGGUAUGAAGGUGAUCUUUUAGUUGGAGCUGAUGGAAUAUGGUCGAAGGUGCGCAAGAUCCUAUUUGGACCCACAGAACCAACUUAUUCAGGCUACACCUGCUACACUGGUAUUGCAGAUUUUGUGCCUCCGGAUAUCGAUUCUGUUGGGUACCGAGUAUUUCUGGGUCACAAACAAUAUUUUGUCUCUUCAGAUGUGGGUGCUGGAAAAAUGCAAUGGUAUGCAUUUCACAAAGAACCACCUGGUGGCACUGAUGCUCCAAAUGGUAAAAAGGAAAGGUUGCUUAAAAUAUUUGGUGGUUGGUGUGAUAAUGUUAUAGACUUGUUGCUUGCAACUGAUGAGGAUGCGAUUCUUCGUCGUGACAUAUAUGACCGUGUACCUAUUAUGAGCUGGGGAAGGGGUCAUGUGACUUUGCUUGGGGAUUCUGUCCAUGCUAUGCAACCUAAUAUGGGACAAGGUGGCUGCAUGGCUAUUGAGGAUAGUUACCAACUUGCUCUAGAACUUGAGAAAGCAUGGAUUGAAAGUGCUAGAACUGGAGCUCCUAUGGAUAUCACAUCUCCGCUAAAGCGUUAUGAGAAGGAAAGAAGACUUCGUGUUGCUAUUAUAUAUGGAAUGGCUAGAAUGGCUGCAAUAAUGGCUUCCACUUACAGGCCAUAUCUUGGUGUAGGACUGGGGCCCUUGUCGUUUUUGACCAAGUUCCGGAUACCACAUCCUGGAAAAGUUGGUGGAAGAUUUUUUAUCAAGCUUGCUAUGCCAUCAAUGCUGAGCUGGGUUCUUGGUGGCAACAGCUCAAAACUUGAAGGGAGGUCAUUAAGCUGCCGACUCUCUGACAAGGCAAGUGACCAGUUAAAACGGUGGUUUAAUGAUGAUGAUGCAAUGGAGCGUGCUCUUACUGGCGAAUGGUAUCUCUUUCCAACUAGCGGUUCCUUACAACCCAUUCAUUUGAUCAAAGAUGAGCAAAUACCAAUUAUUAUCGGAAAUCAGUCUCAUGCUGAUAUACCAGGUGUGUCAGUAGUCAUACCUUCACCACAGGUAGCAGAUAUUCAUGCUCGUAUAAGUUGCAAGGAUAAUGCCUUCUUCUUGACUGAUAUGCAGAGCCAAUAUGGUACCUGGAUCACUGACAAGGAAGGGAGGCGGUAUCGAGUGCCUCCCAACUUUUCUGUUCGUUUCCACCCAUCUGAUGUAAUUGAAUUUGGUUCUGAUAAGAAGGCUAUGUUUCGUGUGAAGGUUCUAAAGACACUUCCAGAAACCUUGACGGGUGAAGGGCGACAAAUCUUGCAGGCAGCUUGAGUGCUGAUAAAGACUGUUAUGCACAGUAAUUAUACAGCAUUCAGCCACACACAACAAUAUAUUGUAGUUUAGCUGUCGGCUUCCGCUCCAGUCUACAACUUAAUUGAUUCAUCAUUUUUAUCUUCUUCUUCCAGUGACAUCCUUUUUGGUUGCUUCCUCAUGUGAUGUUUUGAUGAAACUAUAACCAAAGUAUAUUGGGGUCACCCUUUCUUGUAUAUGAUACAUUUCUCAUUGAAUUAGAACAUUUUUAAUGGAUAGAAGAAGUGAGGUUACAAUAUGAGUUAUUUC